CCGCGACUCGUCAAAACUUUGUCAUUCGCUCGGUUUGCACAUGUGAGCCAUCUGCAAGAUGGUUAAAAAAGUUUACUUUCAAAAGGAGGAAACCUUCCGUGCAAAAUGGAUUGGUGAAGGGAAAUCUUCGAAAGACCGCCGGUGUGGCAACCGUUAUUAUGAGAGUUUUAAUUUAAUUGGUAGUUAUGGUACUGAACUGCGCAUCAAUAUUGGUGACUACGUGUGUAUUAGCAAUAUUGAUGACAAUGGUCUGUCGGGUAAAGAUACAAGUUUUAUUGCUCAAAUUGAGAACCUCUAUGACACAGGGGAGUCUGAUGACUGUAAGAAGGCAUCACUCAAGUGGUAUAUUAGACAUCAGGAGUUACCAAAGUACAAGAAAUUCCAGCAGACUGAUAACAGAGAAAUAUACCUUUACACUCAAAAGUUGAAUUCUGAAGAUAAGGAAAUUGACAUUGAAACUAUUUGCGGCAAAUGUGAGGUUGUCCAUUUACCAAAUAUGGAAGAUGUAUUACCCAAGUAUGUUGUCAGUAAUGGUAUGAAAACAUAUUAUGUGCGAAAGGCAUUUAAUGGUAUCAAGUUUGUGCCACUAUAUGAUAAAUCCACUGCUAAAACUCCAUCAAAAGCGACAGCGAAGACACCAUCCAAAACAUCCACCAAGACACCAUCAAAGUCAUCUUCUAAAACGCCAUCAAAGUCAUCUUCUAAAACGCCGUCAAAGUCAUCUUCUAAAACGCCGUCAAAGUCGUCAACUAAAACACCAUCAAAAUCAUCUAAAACACCAUCAAAGUCAUCUACCAAGACCUCGGCAAAAAUAUCUGGUAAAACACCAUCAAAAACAUCUUCAUUGGCUUCAUCAAAAGACGAAACAGAAUGUCUGAUAUCUCCAUCCAGAAGAGGUAUGUACAAAGAUAAAGAUGUUUUGAACUUAAUUUCUGAUGACGAGGAUGAUGUUAUCUCUUUCGCGCCUUCAGUGAGUAGUAGCAAAUCAUCUCGCAGUUCAAGGGCCACCAAAUCAAACAGUAAACGAAAGGCGAGUAGAAGUGAAAUUGGUGAACUUUCGGUAAAACCCAAGAAACACUGCGGUGAUGGUAGUGAGACGUCGUCAUUGAGUGGAUCAGAGUCUAGUUUGAAGUGCCCAUCCACAGCUCCACCAAAGGAAAAUCGAAGAGUUUCCAAUAUAAAAUCUAUGUCUGAAAAAAAAGUGAUCAGACGUUCUACAAGGAAAUCCCUGUGCUAUGACAUAGACAUCAAUAAUACUACUAGAAGACGAUCUACAAGACAAUCCUUAAACUUUGGAGAAAAGGUUUCAAAAACUGAUGCCACGUUUGAUGAUCUGAGUCCAGUAUCGGUUGUUUUGGAAACGAUUCAAACUGAGAAAAAAAUUAAACUAAGUAAAAAAAUGUGUAUUGAACUAAAUGAUGAUUUAGAUGUGAAACCACUUACAAAUAAACACUCAGGUAAAAACAAAAAAUCUAAACGUGAAGCAAACAAUCAUAGUAUAUCUGUGAAAAGAACUCCAUCACGAUCAGCAAAGAAAAAAGUUGAAAUCCCUUCAUCUGAAAGCAGUGAUUAUGAUGAUAGUGAUGAUGAUGAUACUUUCAAUGUUGAGAAUGAAGUGGAGAGCAGUGACGAUGAGAAUUACGAACCUGUCAAAACUCCAAAAUCUAAAAAGACUGUUGUGGCAACUCCCAAAAGUAAUCAAAGGCAGAGAAGAAAGAGUACGAUGGUAACACCGAAAAAUAAAACUCCGAAACGAGGCUAUUUGACACCUAGUAUACCACAGCGUUAUCAACCGUGUAACUUUCCAAGGAGUCCCUUGGAGGCUGCUCGAGCUAAACUACAUGUGUCAGCGGUUCCUGAUACACUGCCUUGCAGGGAAAUGGAAUUUGAGGAUAUCUAUGCUUUUGUAGAAAGUAAAGUCCUGGAUGGAAAUGGAGGUUGUAUGUACAUAUCUGGUGUCCCUGGUACUGGUAAAACGGCUACUGUACAUGAAGUAUUGAGAACUUUAGAACAGGCUACAGAGGAAGGAAUGGUGCCGUCAUUUGAAUUUAUUGAAAUAAAUGGAAUGAAGUUAACAGAACCACAUCAGGCCUAUGUACAGAUAUUGAAGCAACUGACGGGCCAGAAAGCAACUCCAGAGCAUGCUGGGAAUUUAUUGGAGAAAAGAUUUAACAGACAAUCGGCACCAAGACAAAAAACAGUUAUACUGUUGGUGGAUGAGUUGGAUCUACUGUGGACACGAAAACAGAACGUCAUGUAUAACUUGUUUGAUUGGCCGACUAGACCUCAUGCCAAGUUAAUUGUACUAGCGAUCGCUAAUACUAUGGAUCUACCUGAGAGAAUUAUGAUGAACAGGGUAUCCAGUAGAUUGGGUUUGACUCGUAUGACCUUCCAACCGUAUACACAUACACAACUACAGCAGAUAGUGCUCUCACGAAUUAGAGACAUUGAUGCGUUUGAUGAUGACGCUGUACAGUUCGCUGCUAGAAAGGUUGCUGCCGUGUCUGGAGACGCUAGACGUGCACUUGAUAUAUGUAGAAGAGCUACCGAGAUCGCUGAGUUGCAAUCUAAGGAUUUGAAUCAAUUGGUUGAUAUCAGUCACGUAGAGAAAGCAAUUCAAGAAAUGUUCUCAUCACCAAAGAUAGUAGCUAUAAGAGAAUGUUCACUUCAAGAACAGUUGUUUCUGCGGGCUGUAGUAUCAGAAUUCCGAGAGUCAGGCCUGGAAGAAGCUCCAUUCUCAAAAAUUUUGAAGCAGCAUUCUUCCAUCUGCAGACUUGAAGGUGUACAGCCUCCAACAACAUCAGAAGUAUCUGCAGUUUGUUGUCGUCUUGGAAGUUCACGGCUGGUUUUAGUGGAAGGUGGACGUAAUGAUAUGCACCAGAGGGUUAGAUUAAACGUCAGUCAAGAUGAUGUCUUUUAUGCAUUGAAACCGAAAGGAAAAAUGUAAAAAUAACAGCAUUGAAUGCCUGCCAAAAGACAACUGCCAAUAUUUUAUUGAAGGGAGCUCUCUAUAGUUCUGGGCAACACACUUCAUUUUUCUCGUGUAGAUAAGGUGAAUUGUAAACUUUGAGCGUUUG